CAAAUUUCAUAACUCACUUUCCUCCGGCCAACUGGCCGGGGCUCACGCUAGUUUCAUAAAGAGAAGGCUAGACUGAUAGUUGUGCAACCCAUAGUUUUAUUUACAGUAGAUUAACCGUUAAAUGACUUUAACAGAACCAGUAUAAAAAGAGCAGAGCAACAGCUAGCUGCCUCUGUGAUUCUCGGCUCUAUUUCUACCCAUAGACCAGGAAACCGGAUCGUACCGGCCGGUUCAACCGGAAAUUGGACCAAAAGCGGUACGGUGGCCUGAUUGUGCUGAUUUUACCGUGCCGGCCGGUUUUUUCGGUUUGACCGGUUGAACCGGCCGGUACGAUCCGGUUUCCUGGUCUAUGAUUCAGCUUCAUUUCUCCGUAUUCUCGUCCAAUAUGUGGAAAUAAUUAAAAAAGAAUAUUAUUUUGCUAUUUUUCUAUGUUGAAAAUAGGUCACCGUGGUUGUAUAAUGCUCUAUUUGGUUCUUUUUUUGAUGGAUUAUAUUUUUUAUACUAUCGCAUUUCAUUUCUCUAUCAAUAGUGAAAAACGGUAUUUACCGGUACAAAACGGUUGAACCACGGUCGUACCACAAAAUACCAUACCAGAAAGGAAUCCGGUAUGAUGUCCGGUACGGUUUCCUUUACCAUGUUUCUACCCUAAACCUAGAAAUUCGUCAUCAAUAAAGAUAGAUGGGAUUGCAUGAAAUACUUUCCACAAGCUCACGGCUCACGAGUCACAAACUUCACCGUUUCUCUUAAUAAUUGGGCCGAAGCUAUCUAUUCUUAGAAUCCAAAGUAAAACAAUUCCAGUGGGCUUCUCUACGAGCUCCGCCCACAGAAAAAGGCCUUUAUUAUGUUACGAAUAACCUAGAGAACAGUGUACUGGGCUGGACAAUUGUUGUUCGCAUUCAAAGAAAGCAACGGCGUCGUUCGUUAGUCAUCAAUCUAUUCCAAACGGCAAAACAACUUCCACAAGGAGAGAAACCGCCGACGGUCAUCGCCCCGCUGCCGAACCGCCGAGCAGAGAGAGCUCCGUCGGCCAAUCCAUUACAAAUCACCAUCCAUGGCGGCAGGGCUACCGCUUCUCCGCCGCGUCAUCGCCGUAGACGCCGCGAUAUCUCGAUUCCUCCACACCCUCUUCCAUCCAUACUUCCCAACGGCGCUCCUUCUCUUCCUCGAGAUCUCCGCCGACUUCCGAUUCUCCUUCCCAAUCUGCCUUGCCCUCCUCUUCUCCCCACUCUCCCCGGCACUCCUCCCUCUCUUCAGUCCUCUGCUCUUCGGCCUCCUCCUCGACCUCGCCGUCGUCGGCCUCACCAAAGCCAUCUUCCGCCGCCAGCGCCCGCCCUACAACCACUCUUCCAUGUCCGCCGUCGUCGCCGUCGACAAAUUCUCCUUCCCCAGCGGACACUCGACCAGGGUCUUCUUCGUCGCAUCAUUGGUUUCUCUCUCGGGGACCGCAAUUGAGGCCGCUCUGCUCGAGCUGAAGGCCGGCGGAGGGCUGGCUGAGCAGUGGAUUGUUGGUGGUGACGAGGGCAGAGUGGUGGAGAUAGUGGCGAUUGGCGUCUUCGCUUGGGCAGCGAUUACGGCAUCGUCUAGAGUUUUCCUUGGCCGGCAUUUCUUCCUUGAUGUUGUGGCAGGGGUGUGUUUGGGAGUUCUUGAAGGUCUUGUUGCUUUUCGAUUCCUGCGGUUUGAGAAUUUCCUAAGCACCCUACUUUAUCAGAAAGUCGUCGAGGUGGCAAAUUGAGUGCUUGCAAUCUGCAUUAGGUGCUUCCUCCGCGGAGAAGGUUGGAUGAACUCUCUUUGGAUUUCUAUCAACAGAGGGUAGCGGGAGACUAAAUGCCUCUUGCAGUGUCCCAUGAAAUCUCGGUUCAGGUGCGAAUGAUCAUUGAAGUAGAGUGAAAGUUGAGAUUAUGCUACUUAUAGUUGAUUUUCUGCCGAAAUUCAAACUUACCAUCACUCUGUAUUCAUCUAACCGGUCUCAAUUGUAUAUCAUUUGUUACCACAACUUGAUGGUUUUUGUUGAUGAUGGAUAAAGCUUGAAACUUUGCAUACCACAUGUUGUGGGAUUCCGACAGUUUUUGUUGUUGUUUGUCCGACUGAAAAACUACAGUUGCACAUCUUUAUUCAAGGUUAAACAUCACUCGUUGGGGGGGCCGUUUGAACUUUAGGGAUCCUUAAAAAAAUUCUUCGGUUUAUGCUCUUCCUUUACGAGUGAAGGUUUGGAGUAGGAAAAGUUACCUGCUCAAUGUCCCUUGAAGGUUGUCUCUGUAAACGUGAUAUGUUUCCUGCAGAACUGAUAAGAUAGGUUGGUAAGUAUACCACCUGUCUCUUAGACUGUCAUGUCGAGCACAUUACCAGCAGUUGGUGGCUGGUAGCUAAAUUUGCGCAUUGGAUGGCUCAUGUGGCAGCCACUUUGUGGCAUCUCGAGUAUGGAACCCACAGCCUUUGUUCUUCUAGCCUUCCUUUUUCUCUGGCCUUAUAGGUAUCUUGAUAGCUAAAGGUGUCUCUUUUAUGUUAUCAUUUGUAUGAAGAAGCUUGUGGGUGAAUGUCUGAUGAGUUUGAGAAUCACUCAACCGUUAGGAGCUAGUUUACUAUGUAAUGCAGGCAACAUACUGAUUAUCGAUUGAGAUUGAUCGACUGAUUGAUGAUUGACUUUAGUCGAGUGAAGGAAUGAGGAUGUUAGGCUUGAUAGAUUAGAGAUGAAAGAAACGGGGAACUCUCUCAAAGCAAGGAAGUAAAUGUGGUGGUUAAUAGUUGUUAGCUUGUAUUGUCUUCACUAACAAACUCUACGACUUGAUACUUAUACCAAUCAUCUACCUUUUGUUCAUUUACUUCUCCCAUGUCUAUUUCUAGUUUCUGUAGCUGAAAGGGAGAUGCAUGUGCAUGCUUUGAAUUUCGAAUAGUGUUUACUCACUCUUCUCUGCACUCUGCAAUUUCUUUUCUCCUGUAGCAAUAAAAAUGGUCCUUUUUCCUAAUCUCCCCCUUCAUGCCAGGGACCUACCAUGGAAGUUAAAGCUAUUUGAUUUGUGAACUGCUUUUGGGGCUUUUGUCUAUAUUAUUAUUGAGUCUUCUUAGUGUCUGGUCCCCAAAUUUGACUCAGAAUGAUGAUUAGGUAGUACUGGUGUUUUUUCCUUCUUCUGCUUUGGCAAUGAAGAUGGUGUUGAGGCUGUGGCCGUUGUCCACUUGUGAUAUUAGUAUCCACAUUUCUUGGUUUUUGUUAGUAUUCUUUGCUUUCCCAUGAUUAAUGCCCUAUUUUUUGUGUUUGGCUUUUAGUCAUAGGACAAAUCCAUGGAAGCCAAAAAUGGGUAAAUGCUCUUUCAACCAUAUGCCCUCCAAUGCUUUAUUUCUUAUAAGCUAUAAUGGUUGCAGCAACUCCUUUACUGUAGGAAUCAAGAACCAACAGGGGAUAUUGUGGUAUCAAUCAACCAUCUUACAACGGUUGGGGUAGUUUUUGCCUUCACGAGGCUUCUGUUAUGGCUCUGCUUUAUCACGUUGUAGAUAACAAAGAACAGUGUGGUGACUGGAUUCUGGACAGCUUUAUUCAAUUCAAGUCUUUCCUUGGUCAAUCUAUUUGCGGAUUGGACCGGUCAAGCUGCUCAUUUAUAAGUUUAUGACCAAACUUAGUACAAAAAAGUUGAUACCUGAGGAAGGAUGGAGUAGAUAGAUAUGUUGACAUAAUGCUGAGAGAGAACUGUCGACUGUUUACCUAUUUGAUAUUGGCUUUACAUGCUGGGUUGCUAGGCAGGCAGCAGCUUGUGACUUCCUAAAACUUUUUUUCUGCCAAGAAAGUGAUGUAAACAUGUGAGGAGCUAGCUUACUGGGUUUUCUUCUCUUCCUUUUCUUUUUUCCACCCUUGGUAGUAGUUUGUAUUUUACAAAAGCACAUAAUUGUUUUGGGAUGAAACAUUGAACACAUUUUUGGGCAUAUUGCCAUCAACUCGGUGGAAAGGGGUAUCUUCCCUUUUACCCCCCAAGAAAUGUUCAGAGGACCACUGAGAGAAAGCCAAUCUAGAUUCUGGGUAGUACUCAUCAGGAGGGGGUUGAUAGCCCAGCAGGAGUGUGGAUUUAUUGCAUCUCUCUCUCCCUCUCUUGCUCUGUUGUGUUUGUUUCUUUUGCUUUUCAGAUUACCCAGUUGAGAAUUGAUCAUGGUCAUGAUAAUCAUCACUCACUGGGCUGACUGGGCAUGGCAGCAAGGGGAAACCUGAGGCAGAGAUAUUUCAGAAGAGAGAAAAAAAAAACACAGUUGACAGUAGAAAGAAGGUGAGUAAAAAGUUCUCAUGUCUAUGCAUGUAAAUUUGGAAGAGAUGAGAUAAAGACAGUGCAUCCAUCAUUUUAUGAAGGACGUCCAUCUCCCCCAUGUAUGUAUGUGUAUGUAACACUGCUAUUCGUACCAAAAUGGAGUCAUUCAUCUCCCCCCUCUUGUUUCCAGAUCUCAUGAUGUUUUUCCCUCUUUGUAACCAAAUUUUUCUGAAGUGCAAUAUAAGCUACCUCUUUGUCAAAAAAAAAAAAAAAAAAUUUCAGGGCUCUUUAUCUUUCUUCUGGGGUGGUUUGGUUUCUCUUUCUUACGGGUGGUGGAAUGGAAUGAGAGUACAAUCGAUUAAUUACUGUUGUUAUUGCAUUGCAGGCUGAAUUGGUGAUGAUGGUCUACAAUGGUGGCCUUCUUUCUUAUCAGUUCUUUCUCAUUAUGACCCCUCUUGGCUCCUAGAGCCCCUAGACUUAAUCAAAGGGAGGAAGGGGUCCUGCUGUGCAGCUGCCCCCCGCUUUUCUUUCUUUCUUUCAGUCAAAUAUUGAAUGAAGAAGGAAGGGAUUUUAGUGAAUUGGAUUAUAAGAGACGAGUGUGAGUGCUCCAACACUAAAAUGGUUAGUUACCCUUCGAGCCCCCUGUACUUUGGUCAACUAACAAACAAGUCCUUGAACUUUCAGUUUUAGCUCAUAGUGAGGGGACAGCUUCAUUGGCAGAACUACUGUGUUCGUUAAACUUCUUGUGGCAUAAGUAGUUGGUUAAAAUUGAAAGUUAAGUGGCUUGUUUGUUAGUCGGGACAAAGUGCAGUAGUCUAAAUGGUAUAAUUUUAAGUUAAGUGGCUUGUUUGUACCAUAAAAAAUACAAUAUGAAAUUGUACCAUAACAUUAAAGAUAUAAUUUUAAGUUGUAUCAUAAAAGUAAAAAUAUAUAGCACCAAAUCAUAGUAAAAUUCCUUUGUCUUCAUAACCAUUAAUAAGCAAAAGACAAAUAGGUGCUUCUUCAAUGUAUUUAUGAUUGGGCAAAAAGAACUUUCUUAAGCAGCUUUGUCCUAAUGGCAUGCUUUCUUUAGUUUCCCUUAUUAGCUGCUUGCGACUAAUGAUUUGUGAAACCACUGGAUCCUCUUUUGCAGGUUUAAAAAAUAGCGACUUCCAUAUCAAAGGGGAAAUCUCCUCUUUCUCAAGAUUUGAGGAUUAGUUUAUCAUAUAAAUAAUCCUUCGUGGGGCAACUAAAGAUCUCGAAAAUCAUUAGCGAAAGAGAGAGAGGGAGGAUCGCUGUGUUGUGUACCUUUUUAAAUUUUCUUACUACUUCUCCUCAUCUACCACUUUUUUGUAUUGCUUAUGAGGACAUCAUUUGUCACAAUUGGGUAAGGUUUGAUUACCGAAUGGGUAUUUGCACUAUGAAAUUCUUUUUAUUUCUUUGUCUACAUCAGAACUAUACUCAAUGGUUAAAACGGGACGAGAUACGAUGACAACCCCUAAGGGGUUGUUAGAUUCACAACCCACUUCAUAGCCUUGGAUACGCUCUCUUUCCUGUCUCUUUUUUUUUUUUUUUUAAAUUAACGGUUAAGAUUAAA